AUUUUCUCUAUUCAUUCUAAAACCCCGACACUAUUGAAAAAAAGGUGUCGUAUAGUAGUAUAUCUCGACAAAUUGUGACAUAACCUUCGAUACCUGGGAUAAUCCCCCUCACCGCCGAUGCGACGACAUCUUUUUUAGGCGGGAUUGAUUUGCGCAUACCGCACACCAUCAAGAAAGUAAACAAACAUGACCGAACCACCAUCUUCACCCCCAAAUGAGGCCGCCACCCCGGAGGAAUCUUUGGCUUGGUAUAAGAGGCAAUAUGAAUUAUUAGGCGACGAACUUGCCGAGUUUCGUGAAUCAAGUCACGAGCUUGAAGCCGAACUAGAGAAGGAUCUAGAUGCCGCCGAUAAGCGACAACGCGAACUCCAACAAAAAGCAGAAGAAUUACAAUUUGAAGUCGACGAGUGGAAAGAAAAAUGCAAGAAAGCAAAGUCCGAGGCAAACUCGGCGCAGAACGCGUUGGAGAAGGAGAUUACGACUCUCCGUGACUCCAACCGUACCUUGCAGCUGAAGUUACGCGACAUAGAAGUAGCCAACGAUGAUUUUGAGCGGCAAGCUCGAAAUACUACCUCGUCCCUCGAAGAUCUGGAGUCCAAGUACAAUGUCGCCAUCGAAAGAACCGUUAUGAUGGAGGAAGAGAUUAAGCUGGGCGAACAGGAACGAGAGAAGCUACGAAUCGAAGCCCAGAGAUUACGCGAGGAACUAUCAGACCUCAAGGUCGAGGCUGAGAUUAUGCAAGAUAAGAUCAAGAAGGCAGAGAAUCGUCACUUGUCUACUAUCUCUACAGAUAUCUCGGUCCCCGAGUCGCCAACGUUCGAGGAUUCGCCCCGAUCGAUGGCAAGCUCUCCUCUUAUUACAACACCUCCCGACGAAGUAUCUUUGCCUCCUUCAGGCAAGGGAGCGCCUACAGUCAAUGAGCCUCCAUCACCACCCAUGUCUGACGCAUCAGCACCCCUUCCUAGACCUUCCUCAAAGAUGAGGACACCCGCGCCCGCGGCCCAAAGGAAAUCACGCCUUCCUUCGGCGGACCGCAGCAUCACCCCGAAAGCGAGAAGCACUGCUUCAGGCACCGUUCGGGCGCCAGGCUUGCGCUCUGUUACUAACACACGCACUCCGGCUCCCACGCGUACCACUACUACUCGUGCAGCUUCUCACAGGAUACCCGCUUCGACGUCUCUCACUCACGUACGCUCUCUCACUGCUCAGAUGCAGAAGUUAGAGGCUCGGGUUCAAUCAGCGCGGUCUAAGCUACCUGCUCCUGUCAACACACCACCGCGCGCAUCACCUAGAUCAUCGCUCAUUGGCGCAAGUCAAGUACCGUCCACUGUUACGAUGCGAUCACGAAAGCGCACCAUUGGUUCCACCGCGUCGUCCGUGGCGGAUGAAACACCAACGCAGUCCACGAGCAAGCAUGCACCCAGACUUAGUACCUCUGGUAUAUCAAGACUGUCGUUCGGUCCAUUGCCAAACCGAUCCGGCAACUACGACCCGGACUCGUCUAUCAGUAUCUCACGUCCCAGCAGCCGAGCCAGUGUCUCGAGCUUUGCGAGACCUGAGAGACCAGCUAGUCGUUCGGAGAUCGCUCGUCCUAUGUCUCGCACGAGCGUUUCGGGUGCAAGGACGCCUCUUGGAGUGAGACCCAGAAGCUCUCUCAGCGGUAGCCUACACAGCCAUUCCCAGAGUAUCAGCCGUAUGGACCCGGACGAGUUUGACGAACGCUUCGAAGAACGAACCCCAAGUCGACGAGGAACUUAUAGCAAGUUUGAUAGCGAUGGCUCAGCCAGUGGCAUUCCGGGUCCUAGUGGAAUCCCGAUGCCUAGACGGCAGAGCGGCGGAAUGCAUUCAGCCCGUCGAACUAGUGGUGGUGUGGCGAAUGAAUCCGUUAACGGCAGGCCGAGAAAAUUGAGCGACCUUGGGGAAACAUACUAGGUCACCCCUUUUAAUUCUUUUUCACUUACUCUUCUCUUGUACCUGUUUCAAGCGCUGCAUAUAAUGGUACCAUCGAAUGUGCUAUAGGAGGCACUAGUGGUCAUUAUACCUUCGUCGAGGCAUUGAAGCCGAGGCGU